AUGAAAGAAAGAACUUCGCUGUCGAUGAACGGUCGUGAAAACUACAAUGUUAUUGCUAAAGAAUUUCAUGGAACUGCACGAGCAUCACCACCUCCACUAAAUCAUUUCCCAACAAACAAUGUGUCACAUACAGUUGAAAUUCUACAAAACCAACUAUAUUUGGGUCAACGGCAGCAGCAAACAUUUCAGUUCCAUCGAAGUCCACAACCACAGCAACAACUAGUAGCCAAGUUUCAAGAAGCUCAACCCACAUCCAAUGAUGCAAUAAAAGAUUCAAUAAACUUUGGGCAAGAAGUUAUUAAAUUAUUAGGAGAGAUAGCUCAAUAUUCGGAUGUUCAUCGUUUCCAAAAUCAAGAUUAUGCAUCAGUGCAAAAACUGCUCAACAUCUUUUUCAACUCCAUGUCUUCCGGCCAGAGUAACAAUCAUCAUACGAUGAGUUUUCAACAGUGGUUGCGGCCAAUGAACGAUGGAACGGAAAUAGGUCGCAACAGACCAAUCGCAAAAAAUUUAUUCGAAAGUGAUAUUGUUUUGACCGUUGACCAAAUAAAAGGAAUUGCAAUGGCUGUAAAACAACAGUGGGCGGGUAAUUUUCGUCGAAGAAAUAGGCGAAAAGUCAUUACAGGGAGAGUUUACCGAUGGCCAAAGAAUAACAAUAUACCAUAUGAAUUUGCUUCUUCUGAUGCGCUGUACUUCUGGCAACGUGAGACGUGUGUUCGGUGGCAGGAAAAUGGUCCCGGACAUGAUCGAGUAGUUUUCUUUCGUGGAAGCGGAUGUUAUUCGAAUGUUGGCAGAACUGGUGGACGUCAAGAAAUAUCAAUUGGUUAUGGCUGUGAAAAUUUUGGUAUUGUUACUCAUGAAAUUGGUCAUUCGUUAGGUUUCUGGCAUGAGCAGUCUCGACCAGAUCGAGACCAAUACAUUAAGCUGCAAAAUAAAUACAUUGCUCGUGGCACUGAAGGUAAUUUUGUCAAACGAUCUUAUAUGGAAAUCGAAAAUAUGGGAGUGCCAUUUGAUCUCGGCUCUGUGAUGCAUUAUGGACCAAAUGCGUUCUCUGUUGACUGGAAUCAUACAACUAUUGAGACGAUUGAUAAAAGAUACAGCCAUACGAUUGGUCAAAGAAACGGUCCAUCAUUUACUGAUGUUAAACAAAUGAACAGACUUUACUGCAAUCACGUAUGUGGAGCUUCGCCACUAACAUGUGAAAAUGGUGGAUAUUUAGACCCAAACAACUGCCAGUCUUGUAAAUGUCCAACUGGAUUAGGUGGUCCAACAUGUACUGGUCUCCAGCCAAGUAUCUGUGGUGCAGAACUUAUUGCGAGAAGCACUUGGCAGCAGCUUAGUUAUAAAGGUUCUCAAAAAUGUUAUUGGAGAAUCAAAGCAAAUGACGCGAGGAUACGAAUCAAAAUUAAAUCAGCAAAUUUUCGAUGCGACACUACAUGUCAAGCAUAUGUGGAAAUAAAACAUAAUUCAGUAUUUGAGCAAACCGGAUUCAGGAUAUGUUGUGGGAAUGAUGAAGUGAAUGUAUUAUCAGAGCAAGCAGAAGCUUUGAUUAUUUUUGAUGCUACAGAAAUCAGUCAAGAGGGUUCAUUUAUCUUAUAUUAUGUCCAAGAUUCUAGUAAACCACUAGUGAAGCCGUCACCACUGAAAUGGAUACCAGGAAGUGAAGAUCGUUUAUUUCGAGGUCUUGAGAUUGGUAAGAAUGGCGUGAUGGAGAAGUUUAUUUUGAAUGCAAUCCCAAAAAUCAGGGAUCCACAACAACCAGUUGCAUCGAUCGCAUCUAUAGUGACUGAUUUCGCCUUGAAAAAAAUUCUUGGGUAA